AUGAUUCCACCAGGGGAAUGUCUAUAUGCUGGGAGGAAAAGGAGGAAACCCGUUCAGAAAACAGUUAAAAGGCCUGCCAUUGGGAAUGAAAAGUCUAAUCCUUCUAAGAGACAUAGGGACCGUCUGAAUGCUGAAUUAGAUCAUCUGGCCAGCCUCCUGCCUUUCCCACCUGACAUAAUAUCUAAAUUGGACAAACUUUCUGUCUUGCGCCUUAGUGUCAGCUAUCUCCGAGUCAAAAGCUUCUUUCAGGCCAUUCAAGAAAAGCACUGUAGGAAGCAAGUUGGUGACACAAUAAAAGACUAUCUAUCCAGUGAGACUGCCAUACCAGAAGGUGAACUUCUACAAGAAUCACUGAAUGGCUUUGCCUUGGUGGUGAGUUCAGAUGGAAUGGUAUUUUAUGCAUCAUCAACUAUUGUGGACUAUCUAGGCUUUCAUCAGACUGAUGUAAUGCACCAAAAUAUAUAUGAUUACAUUCAUGUGGAUGAUCGCCAAGAUUUCUGUAGACAACUGCACUGGGCCAUGAAUCCUCCACAAUUAGUGUCUGGACAACAAUUGCAGACAGAAACAGGAGAAGAAUACAUUCUCAGUAAGUUGUUUAAGGCACAAGAGUGUGACAGCAUGCCAACAGAUUAUUCUUCCUUUUUAACUCGUUGUUUCAUCUGUCGAGUCCGCUGCCUGUUGGACAGUACUUCUGGUUUCCUUACAAUGCAGUUUCAAGGUAAACUGAAAUUUCUCUUUGGACAAAAGAAGAAGUCCUCUUCAGGAACAAUAUUACCACCUCAGCUGUCCUUAUUCUGCAUAGUGGCACCACUUCUGCUCCCUUGUAUGACAGAGCUGAAGAUGAAAAGUCUGCUUGUGAAAGCAAAACACAAAGCUGAUGAUGCAUCCACAAUGGAUACAAAUUCAAAAGCUAUUUCAGGUCUAUGUGAAACAGAAUUACAAGGAAGAACCACUUACCAUGAAGGUACAGCUUUCACUAAUGUGUUACAAAAUGCUGAAAACCAGAUCAAAGCAAACAAUGGAGAAAAUGGCAUUUCUCUAUUCAAAGUACUAACAAAUGAAGAUCACUGGGUCUGGGUACAAGCUAAUACUCAGGUUCUGUACAGGACUGGCUGUUCAGAAUACGUCUCUGCCUCACAGCAAGCUCUAAAGGAAGAAGAUGUGCACCUGAAGGUACCAAAGAACAUCACAAGUUUGAAAGGACACAAGGAAGCACUUAACUAUAACUGUGCCAUUGAAACUUUGGGACAGAUGAAGCAUCUUAACUGGACAGCUGUAAAAAAUGAACAGGAUAGCAUCAAAGUGAAGUUUGAACCUAAUACAAAUGACAAGAGUUUCAUGCAAGAGGAAUCUCUCAAUUCUAACGCAUUACUUUUAGGUAUCCAAAACAACUGCAACACGAACAACAUUUGGACUUUAAAAAAUUCAUCAAGUUCUUGUUCUGUAAAUCAACGCAUUAAUACAUGUCCGAGCAGAAAAGUUGGACCGUUCUGCAACAGAAAUCAAAGUCUUUUAAAUUUAGCAUCAGCCUGUCCUUCCCACUGGGGUACUACAGAAAAUUGCCAGUCUUAUUCAGGCUUACAGCAAUUUACAGUGGAGAACUACACUACAGACCCUGUGAAAUUACAGCAUCCACUGAUGUACCCAGAAACUCUAUACAACACAGUAUUUCCUCUAGAUAUGCCCAUCAAAACUGAAUAUGAUUCUGAUUCUGAAAAUGUAGCUGAUAGUUACAUGAUGUCACAAAGUCGAGCCUGGCUGGAUGAGAAUGGUAUGGUGAAAAAGCAGCUGAUUGGCUACCCUAACAUGGUGCACCUUAAAACAGAAUCGGACCUCAGUGAGCAACUAUCUCCUUGUCAAAAACAAAAGCACUGUGCUUACACACCACACAAUUGGCAAUGCAUUGUAACAAAUCAUACCAACAAUAUGAAUAGAAACAGAUCAUGUAAAGGGUUACAUAACAAAGAGAUGACACAGGUUUGCCCCCAGAACUCUGCAUGCUUGGAAAGCAUCCAUGACUUUCAGCGUACAGACUUCUACAAUCAGUUCUAUAACCCCAAAUCAGGAGAAGAAAAAGAGCAGAAUAACCAGAUUUUUAAGAUGCAAUGUGAGUUUAAAAAUCCCUGCUUGGUUCAUGCAAUCAAGUGUGAAUCCUCAGAUUCUCCAUCAUUGUCUGAUAAUGGGCAGGAUGGAAUAGAGAUGAUCUUCCCUGAAAAUGCAUUAACGGGUCCUAUGCCUCAUAAAACAACUGAAUGUACAUUUUUACAAUAGAUUUGUAGCAUCUGGAAUAUUUAUGAUAUUGAAAAACAAGAAGAAGUUGUAGAUUAUCUUCCUGUUGGACUACAUGAGUAACUACAAUUAAAAACCAAAGAGAAAAGAUUUAAAAA